CAUUUUGUGACCAUUUCUUUGCUGUUAUUUGCAAAGGUGCAUUAUACCCACUACAGAUAUUCAGAAAAUACAUUCAAACAAUUAUAGAAUUGUCCAUGAGUGUUUUAAAAUAAUACACAUGAUUAGAAAGAAGUACCAGGGUGUAGUAGUUCUCUUAGGAAAGGAACACAAUUCGUCUACUCAGGCCACUCCCAUAUCAACCAUAUCCCUAAUCACACAGUACACCUCACCCUCAAUUCGAGAUGAUGGCAAGCGAACAUUAGCCAGCUUAACCAACUAGUUUGCUGUGUAGAACUGUUUAACAGUUGUAUGUUGCAGCUGAAAAUAAGAUUUCAUCCUGUUUUGUAAAUUAACUAUGAAAAAAGGUCUAAAUAUAAAGUAAGUACAGAAAGCUCUAAAAAAAUGGAAGAAAAAUAAGAGAAGUAGAAAAAGGUAAAAUAGCAGUUAGAACAAGAAGGAACUUUGUGCCAUUGUGAUCUUAAGGUGAAUCAAUGCUCCAGGCCUGCAAUGCUGGCCAGGCCAGGCCUUCUUGUUAAUACUGCUGCUAAUUAUGCAGGUUUGUUUAAAUAUCUCUCAAGAACAAAGUGGAAGAGGACAGGACCUAGAGUUAUGAAUUUGCCAUUUCUAGCUAUCCUUCUGUCAUUACCAGCGCUAAAGGGUAGUGAGAACUAUGCCGUUACUUACAAAUCGACUAAUGUCUGCGCAUUAAGAGAAUCAAUGGGGGACAUCAACUGCACCUAUGAAUUCCCUUAUAACGACCAUUACAGCGUCACACCACUGUGGUUUACUAAAGGAGAGAUCGAUAUGCCAGUUAAUCUGAAAAAUGAUGCUGACUACGCAGGUCGUGUUGAAACCAGCUGCGGAACGAUAAAAUGUAAUUCGUCCAGCUGUAAUGGAACAUGUACCUUGAGAAUCAAAGACUUGAGACAGACUGACUCUGCUGAGUACAAGUUCAGGUUCAUAACAAACAUAGAAGUUGGGAAAUUUAGUGGCGUCCCUGGAGUGAUGUUAUCUGUGACAGACCAGGUGAAGGUGUCUUUUCCUUCCUCUACUGAUCCUACAAGGGCAAACAUGACAUGUUGCAGUAUGUGUAAUCAAACUGGUGGUUUUACCUACACCUGGUUCAGGAAUGGACAGUAUGUAGAACAGGGGAUUUACUACAAAGGAAAUAUUAGUUCUGAAGACAACUAUUCAUGUGCUGCUAAAGGAUACAAACAUCUCCACUCUCCUUUAGUGUACGCUCCAAAGACCCCCUUAGUUACCGUGAGUCCCUCUGGUAAAAUAAAGGAGGGAAGCUCAGUGACUCUGAGCUGCAGCAGUGAUGCCAACCCAGCAGCUGACUACACCUGGUUCAAGGAACAUGAUGACUCAGUGGGACAAUCAGGACAGAACUACACCAUCACUAAUAUCACAUCUGAGCUUGGAGGAAACUAUUACUGCCAACCCCGUAAUGCAAUUGGACAUCAUAAUUCCACCUUUUUGUUCAUUCGUGUGAAAGAAGACAAUGUUCCAGAAAUGACUUCAUCAUCACAGACAACAGCAGUAGCAGUAGGAACCAUUGGUGUCUUACUUGCCACCAUACUCCUCCUAGUCUUUCUCUGGAUGAGAACAAAGAGGGCCUCCAGAAACAGUGCACAGGGAGGAAGGCCAAAUACCGUGGAGGAGAAAUGUCCUGUUCCGUUGUCUGACAACGUCUCAGCUCUGACCAUUCGCUCAGCUCCUGCAGCACAGAGAGAACCAAUAGAAGAUCAGGAUGACCUUCACUAUGCCAGCGUCCACAUCUCUCACUCCAGGAACCAGGAAGUGCCUCGCUGUUUGGCUGGCUCCUGUGUCCAAUCAGAUCAGCCAGAAGGGGUCCUUUACUCUGCGGUCAACUUUAAAAAACACAACACUGUGCCUGAGGCCUGUGACCAGAGAGUGACUGGAGAAACCUCAGAGUUGUACAGCACUGUCAAGAAAACACCCCAGGGGCUGAACCAGUCGCGGCAGUAGGGUUUAAAUAGCGGGAUAACGGAUAGCGUUCAUUAUGUUUAAACAGGGAAAUACGCUGGCUGAUUGUUUGCUGCAUAUCCUAUGGUGCUUAAUAUCCUGUGCUGAAUACCUACCACCACUGCUUAUGCACGAUCUGACGAUUCUUGAAUUCAUUCUAUUUAUUUACUUGAUCGUUUAUGUUCCUCUUGUGGAGGCCGUCAGCGAGGCCACCAUCUUAUCCAGGGCCUGCGUGCUCUGGUGGACGUAACUCUGCUUCAUCGCUGCUCUCUGCUGGUGACCUGAAUGUACUGCACCUGUAAGGGUCUAAAAUGACAAUAAUAAUAAUAUAGAUUUAAUUUGACGGCGCCUUUCUCGGCACUCAAGGACACCGUACAAAGAUACACAAAAGUCAUUAAAAAGAAACAACAAUAAGAAAAAUAAAAAAUAAAAACAAUAGUCAGAGCAAUUGGCAUCAGAUGUACUAGGCAGUUUUAAGCAGAUGUGUUUUGAGUUGUGAUUUGAAAUGGGGGAACGAAUCGAUGUCGGUAAUGAAUUCCAGAGACGGGGAGCAGAGCGGCUGAAUGCUCUGCGCCCCAUGGUGGUGAGACGGCACAUGGGACAGACAGGUGUGUGGAGGAAGAAGAUCUGAGGGAGCAGGAGGGAGUGGGAACAUG